AUAAUGGACUUCGAGCCCAUUAAAAAAAAUUCCAAGCAGAUAUUACGUGUUGGAAUUUAGAAUCAUACUCAACGAAGACUUCUUCUCUGUCUUCUAUAUCCUGGGAGAUUCUGAUCAGAUAGAGGGCAGGGGAUUUAUUUGUUUAAAAAUCGUUUUAUUCUCUGGAAUCCUCUCUCUUUCACCUUGAGUAACUUUGUCGUCGCUGCAGCAUCUAUUGAUGGCUGUUACUAUUCGUCAAAUGUCUCUAAUUGUUGCGACUCUGGGGGUACUAUCGUUCAUUUUUGGGAUAAUCGCCGAAAAUAAGAAGCCUGCAGCUGGAAUUCCCAUCAUUGGUAAAGGUGGUGUUAUUUGCAAGUAUCCAUCUGAUCCUACAAUUGUAUUGGGAUAUCUCUCUUUUACAUUCCUCGUAGCAUCUGCAGUGGCUGGGUUUCUGUCUCUAUUUUAUCCUUACAAAGGAAAAUCUGUCCCGCAGUCUGCAAUGUUUGGAAGUACCAGUUUCCUUGUAUUCUUCAACAUUGCCUUGUUUACGGCGGGAUUAGCAGCUGCUUUGUUGUUGUGGCCAACAAUCACAGAGCAGCUUCACUUGAAUCGGAAAGUUCAUCACAAUCUCAAGACAGAUUGCCCCACUGCUAAGACAGGUCUCCUCGGGGGUGGUGCUUUUGUUUCUCUUGAUUCAGCCCUCUUUUGGUUAGUUUCCCUCAUGUUAGCUGAUAAUGCCCGAGAGGAUUACUUUGACGAGAUAGAGAAAGAUUGCAAGGUUGAUCAUGGGCAGGUUCUUGUAGAUGAUUACAAUGUACCUGCACAUCUCAAGGGCACUGCAUAAAAGCAGAAUGGCCUGAACCGAACUGUGUCUUUGGUUUUACAAAUUUCCAUAUCCAACUCUAUAAAAUGGGAUUCUCUAGUGUAAAUAUUGCUUUAGUCACUGAUUUCUAUUUUGUUUUUUCACCUACUGUGUGGGUUUUGGUUAUGUUUGUGAUAGAUUAUGGAUUUAAAUUUCAAAAUUCCAUCUGAA